AGUAGCACUAGCCCCAGGGCCUAGUUAGUUGUCACAGGCGAAAUUUUAAUAUAAUUUUGAGUUAAAGAUAUUUUUAUGUUUUGUGCUUCUUAUUAAGUUAUUCUAAUCAAUUUUUAGUUGUGUUGAAAAUUAACCUUUUAAAACAUCUCUUGUUUAAGGAUCAUAUACAAGAACAUUAUGGAUGGUUGUAAACACUUGAAUAAUUUUAAGUUGGUUAAAGGAAUACAACCUUACAAGACUAUUCACUCAUAUUUCGUUGCUAGUACCUCAGCAGAAGCUCGAAAGACUAAGGCACUGCAUUGUUAUUGUUACACUUGUAAGAAGAUUGAGCGAAGACUUCAUUCUUGUCUUCACUGUAUAUACAUAGGAUGUUACAGUAGUGGUCAUAUUCAAGAUCAUUCCAAAACUAAGAAACACUUUCUUGCGGUGGACCUUGCAUACGGUAAUGUCCUCUGCUUCCAAUGUGGCGACUACAUUUACGACUCGGUGCUGGCAGAGGUUGCCGAGGCUAACGUGACAAUGGCAGCCGUCAGUCUGGGUAUGUCCUCAGUGUAUUCCACAUGGUCACCCACUCCACGUGAGGUUCAGCUAAUGCAAGGAAACCCUCGUGUGCUGACUAUACUGAAAGACUCUACAUUAGGUCUCCGAGGCCUGUUGAACCUAGGCAACACAUGUUUCAUGAACUGCAUCAUGCAGGCGUUGACACACACUCCGCUACUGAGGGACUACUUCCUGAGUGACAGACACGUGUGCCAACUGCAGGACACUCCCGGACACUGUCUGGUCUGCGAAAUAUCAUCCUUGUUUCAAGAGUUCUACUCAGGGCGUAAACCACCGUUGGUGCUGUCAAGGCUACUGCACUUGAUAUGGACACAUGCUCGACACUUGGCUGGUUAUGAACAACAAGACGCACAUGAGUUCUUCAUCGCCACUUUGGAUCUACUUCACAGGCACUGCACAGCAAAGACAUUGUGCCAAACACCACACCAUUGCAGUUGUAUCAUUGACCAGAUAUUUACAGGAGGGCUACAAUCGGAUGUUGUCUGUACUGCUUGCAGUGGAGUGUCGACAACUAUCGACCCAUUCUGGGACAUCUCACUAGACCUGGCUAUCAGUGGAGUGGGCACCUCGCUGUCACUGCUAGAAUGUCUGCAACAAUUCACUCGGGCUGAGCAUCUCGGCACAACAGCCAAGAUAUGGUGUAGCAAUUGUGAUACUUACCAGGAGAGCACUAAACAGCUCACGUUAAAAACACUUCCUGUGGUCGCCUGCUUCCACCUCAAGAGGUUUGAGCACUCCAACAGACUGCACAAGAAGAUAUCAACGGAGGUGGUGUUUCCUCAGGAGCUUGACAUGAGUCCCUUCAUGUCUCACAAACGCAACACACACGUCUCCCACAUUCCUUCCACCCUAGAGGACUACAGGUAUUCUCUGUUUGCGGUGAUUAAUCAUGAAGGAUCACUGGAUACAGGCCAUUACACAGCAUACAUCAGACAACAGCAUAGACACUGGUACAAGUGUGAUGAUCACAUGAUCACCAGAGCUCACAUCAGUCAAGUAUUGGACAGUGAAGGCUAUCUACUCUUCUACCACAAACAGAUUUUGGAGUAUGAAUAGAAUGUUUGAAACAACAAUUGAUCGUUACACUUUCCACUUUCUUUUAUACUGAAUCCAAUAAUUAAAAAAUUUGUUUAACCCUUAGGGUGUUACGAGAAGAAAAAAUUCACUUUUAAUUAAUCAUACCAUUUUUAAAAAGUGUAAGAUCUUGCCCAACAUUAUUUUUUAAAUUAUAUUGUCACAAAUAACUUUCUGGUGACAAGCAUUCAAACGUUUCAUUGUUGGCUGUAAGUACACAUUUUGUAUACUUACUGUCACCUGAACCAAGUACAAGAUUGUAUCUUUGACGAUUUUAUACAGUCAGCUAGCAAGCAUGUAAUAUAUUAAGAAUUAAUGUGGAUAAUCACAGAUUAGUUAGCUGUCAAGUUGUUUGUAUGUGUCGCUAAAUACGUCAAAACGUCAAUACAAAUGAAAUAUGAAACACAUAACUAACUUUUUUAUCUGGAAUAUCAAAAUAUUUUUGAAUUACGAGUAUAGAACCAAAGUAGUGGUUUUACAAAUUAUUUUAAAUUGGAAGCUGAAACUGCCGAUGUAACAAAAUGUAUUUUCAUUGUGAUAUUAAUUAUUUAGAUUGUAAGUUAGAUUAUACGUGUAUUAUGUUCCUAAUACUAAGGCGACUCCUUUCUACAGGAAUCAAGCGCGAUCUACAUUUUUUCUAACUUGAGCGGUGCAUGUAAGUAUGUUGAUAUUGUAAAUGUAUUUUAAUUGUAAAAGUCUGUUUUUAGGAUCUUACACUUUGUGUGUUGACUGAUUUUGUAUUUAUUUUAUAGUCAUGGAAAAUAAUAUCAGAAUGUUAUUUUAAAACCCCAGUUGCGUUAUUGGUGGAUCUAUUUAGAUCUUUGAUUAAUUUAUACUUAAAUCAUAACUAAGUAAUUACUAUGUAAUGGUGUGAUGUUUAGUGUCUAAAUCAUAUGAGUGUUUUGACUGCAUAACAUACUUUUUUGUAUACUAAAGGAAUAUAUUAUUUGGGAUACCGUUUUGUAUACAACAGAACUUGUGCUGAUGCUUAUGGUAAACAGUCUUCCUAUUUCUUGAUAGAGAGUUUCCCCCGAUAAGUAACAAUAUUGUUUCUAAUCAACAUGGUGCUAUCUAGACUUUCAACAGCUGUGAUAACUGUUCACUCCAAGGUACUCAAAUGCUAAGCACCAAUUUUGUUAAAAUUUUAACAUAUUAUUUACAAAAGUUCAGUAGCUUAUGAUGUUUCAAAACUAGAACUAGCUGUUCCUGACCAAUGUGCAAAAAUGAGUCUGGAUAAUGUACCAGCUGGUUUAAGUCAAUAACAAGGCUUUCAUGUAAUUCAUUCAAUCGUUAAAAGUACCAUUUGCCUUAAAAUACACAUGGGUGUAAUUUUGUUUAUAUAGUUCAAGUAGAAUUCUAAACUUACUUUAAAAUCU